AUGGCCUGCCUGCUUCAUGCUCAGACACUCCUGCUGACCACCCUCAUGGUGGUUCUGAACCUGAAUCUGAACGCUGUGCUAGGUCAGUUAUUUAGUGACACACAUAAUGUCAGUAGGAAGAAGAAAGGGGUCACAGAAAUGCUGAGCUUUGCUGUCAACAAGUACAAUGAAAAAUACAGUGAUUUGUACCUGAGUCAUGUUGUGGAAACAGUAUUUAUACGAAAAACGGUUGGUGCUGAAAUAUACUUCUUUGGUGUGAUCCUAGCCCAAACCACAUGUAUGAAGUCCCAGUAUGACUUGACCAACUGUCCCUUCAAUGAGGAGGCUGAUCAGAAAAAGAUUACCAGCAACGAUGUCCACAGUAGAUUAGACUGCUAA